AUGGCAAGGUGGCAAACAUUGGCUGCCCUUGCGAGGAAGAGUCUCAUGCCAACCGAGGGGUCAUCCUGUAGCUGUAGCACGUCGUCGGUGGCUGGAAAGGGCCACUGCGUUGUGUACUCUGCUGAUGGCAGGCGGUUUGAGGUCCCUCUGGUGUACCUCAGCACAUUGGUUUUCAGCGAACUCCUGGACAUGUCGCAUGCGGAGUUCGGCUUCUCAGGUAUUGGCGGCAAGAUCACGCUGCCCUGUGACGCCGCAGCGAUGGAGUAUGUGCUACGUUUGCUUAGGAGAGAGGCCUCUGAAGAAGUUGAAAGGGCGUUCCUGAGCUCCAUGGCGAGGCCUUGCCACUAUGGAAAUGGCUUGUCGCAGCAGCCCAUAGGAUUUGCUGUUCCUAGCUUCUGA